UGCGCUCAAAGAUUUCAAACCGCGGAGUUUCACUACUGUGAUGUAGUGGCGAGGCGGGUUUGGCUUAUCUCUAGCGCUAGUGUUGGGCUCUAGAGGCGGUGAAAAGCCGAGGGGAAGGGGAAGUGCUUGUGAAGCCUCCAGGCUUUGCGAUGAAGAAGUUUUUUAGCUUCGGGAGUAAGAAGGGCGGGUCGUCCUUUCGCGUUACCAGCUCGCCGAGGGACGGCCCGGGCAUCCUGCGUGAGAAGAGAAUUGGAACCAACAGCUUCGGGUGGGGGUACAACAUCCGAGACAGAGAUCUCAGAAAGAUCCACAGAGUUGCCAGCAUGGGCAACGUAAGGAAGCUGCAGGAGAUUCUAUUUUUCGGGAAACACGGCGUGGACGAAAGAGACAAGAUGAACAGGACUGCUCUCCAUUUGGCCUGUGCCAAUGGCCAUCCAGAUGUCGUUGCUGUCCUAGUGGAGAGGAAAUGCCAGCUUGACCUCUUUGAUAAAGAUUAUAGGACUGCUCUGAUGAAGGCUGCACAAUGUCAGAAUGAGAGAUGUGUGACUAUUCUUCUAGAACACGGUGCUGAUCCAAAUCUUACGGACAUUGCUGGCAAUACUGCGCUCCACUAUGCCGCCCUUGGUUCGAAUACAUCAAUAGCAGAGAAGCUGCUUCUACACCAUGCAAAUAUUGAAGUGAGAAACAAGGAUGAACUCACACCAUUUUUACUUGCUGUAAGUGAGAACAAACAGCAAAUGGUGGAAUUUUUAAUAGAAAAAGAAGCAAAUGUACAUGCAGUUGAUAAGUUGCAAAGAACAGCCCUCAUGCUUGCUGUACAUUAUGAUUCUGCAGAUCUAGUCAGGGUUCUUCUUCAGCAAGGUAUUAAUAUCUUUUCUGAAGAUGCGUGUGGAUGGACUGCAGAAGAAUAUUCUAUUUUUAAUGAUCUUAAAGUCAGUCGCCAACUAAUUGCCGAACAUAGAGAAGAAAAACUUAUCAAUUAUUUGCAAAGUAAGAAUGCAGAAAUUGGUAAACUGUGA